AUGGCCAUCUGCAUUCUGACCCUUUCUGCGUCUAGGAAAGGUGAUGCAGAAGAUCAAGCAAGAAGACGCAAAGGUGACAGUGCUAGUCCCAUGCGGGCCAAGGAGACCAUGGUUCUCCAAUCUGAUAAAACUGAAAUUGGAACCACCUUUGCAGCUAUCAGUCAGUCCAAACACUUUACAAGGGCCAUUCCUCCUUCUGGACCCAGAUCGUCUACAACUGACAGCCUGGCUAUUGACAGAAAUGUUAACUGCAUUGGGACUGUCCCACAAAGUGACUGGAACUCUCCUCUCCUCCAGGCGAGCUUCAACACUAAAGGCCUACCUCUCCAUUUGGAGAACUUGGUGUCAAGAACACAACAAAAAUUCCAAGAAACCUGGCAUUCCAGUUAUUUUGGACUUUCGUCAGAAAGGCAUAGACAAGGGACUUCAGUCUUGUACUGUAUCAGCAGAUAUUUUUUAGGAAAACAUACUAUCCCAAAACCACAUCCUCCAGUUGUAGGUGAGGUGACCCACCACAGCAUUCAACUCUCUUGGGAUUUGGAAAAUACAGCACAAAGAAAAGGACCUCAAGAGCAAUGGCUAAAGAUGUCAAUUGAAGAAGAGGACCCCAAAUUACAUACCUAUGGUACCAUUUAUACGGGCUAUGCUAGACAACAUGUCAUAGAAGGUCUUCAGCCAAGAACGACCUACAGAUUUCGACUAAAGAUUACUAGUCCUACAGGGGAGUGUGCUUAUAGUCCAGCUGUCUCUGUAUCCACUACAAGAGAGCCGAUGAGCGGAGAGCAACUUCAUCGAGCUGUCAGUAUGAAUGAUGUAGAGGCAGUUCUUAAAAUUCUUCAGGGAGGACAUGUGAAGGUGGAUGUUCCUGAUAAACUAGGCUUUACUGCUCUGAUGGUUGCUUCGCAGAAAGGAUAUGAUAGGCUUGCGAAAAUAUUGGUACAGAAUGGAACAGAUGUAAAUCAGAAAAAUGGAAGUGGAAAGGACAGCCUAAUGUUAGCUUGUUUUGCUGGUCACCUGGAUAUUAUUAAAUACCUCAGAGAACAAGGAGCUUCUUGGGAAGUCAGAGAUCUGGGAGGUUGUACAGCUUUGCACUGGGCUGUGGAUGGAGGACAUUGUGAGGUUAUUGAAUGGAUGAUUAAUGAUGGCUGUCAGGUAGAUACUAAAGAUACAUGCUUAGAAUGGACACCAUUGAUGAGAGUUUCUGCAGUAACAGGGAAUAAGGAUGUGGCAUCUCUUUUAAUUGAAGCAGGAGCAGAUGUGAAUAUGAAAGAUAAAGAUGGCAAAACACCUUUAAUGGUGGCAGUAUUAAAUAACCAUGAAGAGUUGAUUCAGUUGCUGCUGGAUAAAGGAGCAGAUGCUACUGUUAAAAAUGAGUAUGGCAAAGGUCUUCUAGAAAUGGCUAGAGGUUUUCACAGACACAGCGUGGUCACCUUGUUAGAAGAAAAUAAGAGAAAAUUAAAUGAGAACACCAAAUUUCCUCCACCAGUUCUUGGCUCACAGGCACGUGAGGUAACUAAAUAAAAGAAAAGGAGUGCUUUUUCUACCAGUAAGGUGAAAACAUGAAGACUGGCCCUCAGUUAAGCAUUAGAAUUUGCUUGUUUUACUUUAUACUGUUCAGUUGUUACAGAUUCUUGGAUGCUCAUUAAAAUGUGUAGCUCAGCUUCUUGAGGAUGUUGUCUUGUAUCUAAAUAUAUAUGUGUGUUGUACUGUCAUUGUUCCCUAACACUACUUUAUAUUCUCUUGCAUUUAGAGUUAGAUGUAAAUCAAAAUAAUGUUUUCAUAAAUGUAGUUUGUAUAUCAUUCCCCUUCCUAUUCUAAGCCCCUCUCAGAGCUCAUGACAAAGAUUCUUUUUCACAUAUUUUUUAUUAUUACUUCCCUCUUCUUCUUUUCCUUUGUGUCCUAGUAACUUUCCCUCUGGCUAGAGAAUGUUCAGUAACUCCCACUGAUGCCUGUCAGUGUCACUCUUAAAAUAGCCAGGAAGUCCCUUCUUUCUACCCAGGAAAUGAGCAUCUUGCUUGUGCAGCAUGCCCAGACUCAGCCGUAGGAGUGAAGGACUAAGUUUAAGUCUUAAGGACUGUAAUAUCCUUCCAGGAUAAUGUGUUAGGUUAGGAAGGUGUAUGUAAUAAAUAAAGUUGAAAGGUGGAUUUCAGGGUGGAA